GUGAAGGACCCCAGUAUAGUGGUUUUCAGUGGUGGCACAGCCUUUAAUGGAGUGUGUAGAGAAAUGAGCCGGUUGUCAAACAACGUGGCGUAUAUUAUGCCGGUAUCAGACGACGGAGGCUCUACUAAGGAAAUCAUUCGAGUGCUUGGGGGACCCGCCAUUGGCGAUGUUCGUUCUCGAUGUCUGCGGCUCAGUGACACCAGUACGUACGAGUCGCGUGCUGUGCAACGCAUUCUGGGCCAUCGGCUCACGAGCGAAUCUAAAGCGCUGGCGAGGGCCGAAUUUUACACCGUGCUUGAGGGCGAGCAUGUCGAGUGGGCUGGUAUAUCAGAUUCGUACAAGCAAAUCAUCAAAUCUUAUUUAGUUAACUUCCAUCAGAAUAUCUUAAAGAACGGCUUCGACAAUGAACCAUUCGACUACCGGAAUGGCGCAAUCGGGAACUUCUUCUUCACCGGUAGUCGUAUUUUCUUCAGGAGUAUGGAGGCGGCCAUCUUCCUGUACUCCCGUGUGAGUGGUAUCCACGUGAACACAGCAGUCAUACCGUGCAUACGCACCAACAGCCGGGUGGUGUUGGGUGCUGAGUGUAUGGACGGUUCGGUUAUCCGGGGUCAAAGUAUGAUCUCUCAUCCCCCGUACAAAGCCAAUAGCCAGUUGGUGGAUAAGGAUGACCACAGACCGCUGGAGUCGCCCAUACGCCGUGUGUACUACAUGACGAAUGAUGGAUCGGGGCAUAGCCAGCUGCAUCUGCAGGCCAACCCAGCGGCAACCAAACGGAUAAACAAAUGCCAAGCGUUGGUCUAUGGCAUGGGAAGCUUCUACACAAGCAUCCUACCCAACUUAGUGCUGUGUGGAAUGGGCAGUGCAAUAUCCGCCAGCGAUGCGCCAAAGGUCUUCCUGGUCAACGGGUGUCUUGAUAGGGAAACAUUCGGGAUGACCGUUGCGGACAUGAUCACAUCCAUAGCAAACGCCCUCAAUGGAAAUUUGGGCAACGGCGAAGACCCUGAAGGCCUUGAAAAUGAAGGUUCAGUGCACAGGAAAAUACUGUCACAUCCCGUGAAGUCAUAUGUCACACACGUCCUGAUACCAGAGAAGUCGACUGUGCCGGUAGAGGUUGAACAACUGAAGAAUAAUUUCGGCGUGAAAGUUCUGUACAUUCCCAGCCAGAUGGGCAAGCCGUACUUCGACGGACCGUCACUGAUGCAAGCCUUAAAUAGUCUGAUAGAAAGGCCGAACAUAGAAGAGUUCGUAACGUCCGUGUUGCACAAGACAUAUCUAUAG